AUGGUUUCGUUUUCGUCGUUCAGACCGCUAUUUGGUUUCUCUCCCACAGUUCCUCAAGGUUUUACAGAAUUAUUACCAAACUCUGCAAGAUCCACCCAAGGUUCGAUGAAAACAAUACCAAACUAUCGAUGGUUGCGUAGAUCCACCCAAGGUUCGAUGAAAACAACACCAAACUAUCGAUGGUUUGGAAGAAAGAAUGCCCAACCGUCAGCGGUUAUGUACACUCACCCAAAGUUUGGUAACGAUAUUGCCAAACUAUCAAUGAUUACAUGUAGUCGCUCAAGGUUUGGUAAAACUAUUGCAAAACUAGGAAUAGUUUUCUGUGGUGAUUCAAGUAUCGAUAGAAUUUCCUCACGAUUAUGUAUCAUGUUGUUCAGUUAUAAGCAAGUUUGUCAAGCGAUGGUACAAUAUAUUCUGUUCAAGUUUACGAAAAUCGUCGCCUUCUUGUUCUUUGUGUUGAUCAAAUCUUGUCGAUUUGCUCCAUAUAACUCACGUUAUUUCUAUCGAUAG